AACACACACUCAAAUUAACACUCUCAAAGGCUCUCAAUUUUCAUUUUUCCUUUAUCCUUUUAGGAUAAAUUGAGAUUAGUUCAAUAUUUAUAAAAUGUCACCAGCCAUCACAAAUAAAACAAGCAACAAAAUCCACAACAUUGUUAGAGUACGUCACAUGCUUCGCAGAUGGCGUCACAGAUCAUCGUCAACAACAUCUUCAAAUCGUAUCAUGGCAACAGAUGUGCCAGCAGGACACGUGGCAGUAUGUGUUGGAACAAAUUACAAACGUUUUAUUGUUAGAGCAACUUAUUUAAACCAUCCAAUGUUUCAAAAGCUGUUAACAGAAGCUGAAGAAGAAUAUGGGUUUAACAACAUCGGUCCUUUGACUAUUCCUUGUGAAGAAUCCGAGUUUGAACAGAUUCUCCGGUUCGUUUCUAGACCGGAGUCGAACCGGUUUGUGAAUCUUGAAGAUUUUAAGAGAUGUUGUCAUGUGGGUUAUGUUGCUGACCGACUUGAAUCUAAGCCACUUCUUCAUGGAUCUGUUUGUUAAGAUAAAAACAAAUAUGUAGUCUAGAUUGUAACUGAUUCGACUCGGUCCGAGUUUGAUGAUCUAACUAGCUACUUUUCUAGAAAUAUUUUUUAUGGGUGAAAGUGGUUACUAGAAUUUUGAAUUUUUUUUUUUUUAAGUUUUGGUUUGUAUGUGUUUUUGCUUGGGUGAUGGCAAAGAUGAGUUGUAAGUUGACUCGGUCCGAGUCGUCCCGAGUUGCAGAAAAUGGAAAUGAAAUUAAGUGCACAUUAUUACUUUGUAA